GCCAAACCACAUUAUUCAUAGUUUCUCUUUCGCUGAGUAUAAAACUCAAUUUCCCAGAGUUGCAGAGUUUGUGUGAACAGCGAGUCGCCCAAUAAACUCCUCCCAUAACAAGACACGGAGUUCAGCGUCUUGAAUUGUUCAAGAGCGCAUUGAGCAAACAGCACACGAAACCAACAGUGCUUAAGCUGGCUCAUGAAGGAUAACGAACAAGAGGAAAAUGCUACAUUGAGAGAAGGAAAAAUGGAUGCAAGACUCCAUUUUGCACAUUUAGCAAGAUAUCCACUUUGGUUCUCUUAGCUUCAGUUUCUCACAAGUCUACCAAAUGGUAUCUUGUAUAUUAGUGCAUAUAACAUCUUAGCCUUGAGUUUAAACUUCACCUAUUCAACUGUGAAUUCAAAAACCAAGACUCAGAAUGUACCAAGUAGUCCCAGGAGGUGCAGGAGGAACAAUCACUGAUGGUGCGCCCAUCAAGAAGAUAAACAAGGACAGUCGCCCUCUGGUGGGGGCUGGAGUUAUUGGUGUAAUUCUGGUGAUUGCAGCAGUGACUGCAUGGUGUUAUUAUAUUGCCUCCCUACGUAAAGCUGACCUGCUUAAGACAGAAUUGCUUGAUCUCAAUAAGGAUGGCUUUCUCAUCCGCAACCAGGCUGGGGGGAUUGUCCUGAAAAUGGGCUUCAGGUCUGGCACGCUUGAUCUCGACUCCUGCUCAAAGGAGGGUGUGAUCCUUCGCUGCUCGCGUUCGUUUGCUGGCAAUGUGAACUUCUUCAUUAUGACGGUGAAGCCAAAGGAGACAGUGGUGUGCUACCGUGUGCGUUGGGAAGAGUUGGAGUCGGAUCGGCCAGUGGAACAUGCCAUGUCCUACAAUGAAUCAUACUGGUAUGGUGGUGCUGAGACUGCUGUUCAGCAUUGGCCUAUUGCAAUCUCGGGGCAGCAGGCACCCAAACCUUUUGUCACCAGCGACGUGUACUCCAAUCGCCAUGACUUUGGUGGCAUCCUGGAACGCUACUGGCUCUCAUCCAAUGCAACUGCCAUUAAGAUCAAUGACUCUGUGCCCUUCCACCUGGGCUGGAAUGAUACAGAGAAAACCAUGUACUUCCAGGCACGAUAUCAGGACAGUCCUUACAAACCUGCACCUGGAAGGCCUCCCUAUGCUGAACUCAGUUACAGAGUCUGCGUGGGCCCAGAUGUGACCUCCAUCCACAAGGUCAUGGUUCGCCGAUACUUCCCUAAACCUAACAAAGUUCCCGCCAAAGAAAUGUUCCGGCACCCAAUAUGGUCGACCUGGGCUUUACACAAGACUAACAUCAACCAGGAAAAGUUUUUAACUUAUGCAGAGAACAUACGCAAACAUGGUUUUAACUGUAGCCACUUAGAACUUGAUGAUCGUUACUCCAGUCAGUAUGGGGAGUUUGAGUUUGAUACACAGAAGUUCCCAAAUGCUUCUGCCAUGUUUCAAAAGCUCAAGGCCGAUGGUUUCCUAGUAUCCUUGUGGACACAUCCCUUUGUGAAUUAUGAUUCAGCUAAUUUUGGGCCAUGUGUACAGAAAGGGCUGUUCGUGAUGGAGCCGACAGGCCAACUUCCUGCCUUGGUUAAGUGGUGGAAUGGCAUCGGUGGAAUCCUAGAUUUUACCAAUCCAGAAGCUCGCAACUGGUUCACGUCACAGCUUCGCUCUUUACGCCACAAAUACGCCAUUUCCUCCUUCAAGUUGGAUGCAGGCGAGACCAACUACUUGCCCUGGCAGUUCAGAACCCGAGCCCACCUCCCUGACCCAAGCACCUUCACUCGCCGCUACACCGAAAUGGCCAUCCCUUUCAACGAACGUGCUGAGCUUCGGUCUGGCUAUGGCUCUCAGAACAUCUCCUGCUUCUUUCGUCUGAUCGACCGGGACUCCGUGUGGGGCUACGAACUUGGCCUGAAGUCCCUGAUCCCAACCGUCCUCACCAUCAGCAUCCUGGGCUACCAGUUCAUCUUGCCAGACAUGAUUGGAGGCAAUGCCUAUCCUAACCGUACAGAUGGAAAUGGCAAGCUACCAGACCGUGAGCUCUAUAUUAGGUGGCUGGAGCUGUCUGCUUUCAUGCCCUCCAUGCAGUUCUCCAUUCCUCCAUGGGAGUACGAUGAUGAGGUGGUGGCUAUCGCUCAACGGUUCACCGAGCUACAUGAGACACUUGUGGCUCCCAGGGUCAUAGAACUUGCUGGAGAAGUUCUGGACACUGGAGACCCCAUAAUUCGCCCAUUAUGGUGGAUUGCCACCAGUGAUGAAACGGCUUAUAGAGUUGACUCACAGUUUCUGAUAGGAGAUGACCUAAUGGUGGCACCAGUACUGGAGCCGGGGAAGCAAGAAAGGGAUAUCUACUUACCAGCCGGACGCUGGAAAAGUUACAAAGGAGAACGAUUUGACAACAAAGAGCCAAUACAUCUAACAGAUUAUCCGGUUGAUCUUGAUGAAAUUGCUUACUUUGAAUGGGUUCAGUAAGACUUAUGGAAAGCAUCUGGAGUUCUGAGCAUGUCUUCCAUUUAAAGUGUUUGUGAAGUUGUUGAUUUAUUUUUUUCAGGGAAUUAGCUAAAGUUAUUUAUCCAGGGUUUAAAUUCUACAAUGUAAAAGAGGGCAAUUUAAGAGUAAGCUCCCGGUUGCACAUUUAUGAUUCUUCAUCAGCUUGGCUGUGAUAUGUUUAGUGCCAUUACAACAGCUACACAUGCAUUACAUAUCUGAGGUUAAUGUCUUAAUCCGUGCCUUGCAUUUAAACAGUGAAUGUCUUCAAAAGACCGACCCAAAACCUUAAUAAAAUGAAGCACUGAUAUGCGUCUGGCCAAAUAAACAAACUUUAAGGAAGUUAAGGAUUUAUUGAUGGGCUGUGACAGGUAAUUUUGCACAAUGUUUGAUUCAUGUUCUCUCAUCUGCAUUUUUAAAAAGGGAAACUUUACCAGUACUGUACAAAAGCCUUCAUCUUGCAAGGUGUACUUAAUGAAUUACUUUAUAAUGUCGUCCACAGAGCAAAUCAAUUGAUUUCUCUGAAAUGUACGAUUUUGCAAAUGUAUAUAUAACAUUAAUGUAUGGCUUUUUAACUGCAAGCAAUCGCAAUGCUGCAACCCUAUAUACAUUACAGUAAAGUUAGACGUGCAUGCUUUUGUGAGCAUAAUCUACCAUGCUCAUGUCUCGUAAGCACCAAUACUUGAAAUAAUCACAUUAGAAGUUUGUAUGAGUAAUGGGUUUCUGUGGCUGCAUUGGAAAUGACCAGCAGUCUUUUUUUACUCUACUGCUAUACUAUAGUAUUUCAUCAUGUAGUGCCAAAUACAUCACCAACAGGCCUUGUUCAAGCAUUACUCCAUUACUGCCACAUUUACAGAAAUGUUUCCAUAAAAUACAGAAGUUAGUUUUUCUGUUUAUAUAAAAUUGAGAAGUGUGCUGCUCAUCUUGUUCUGAUUAUGCUGUUCUACCUAAUUUUUGUGUUUUGCAAUAAUAGCACAAUGCUAAUAUCUAAGUCAGUUAAUCUUUAUCAGAUUAUAUUUUUGCUGUGCAAGGGUCACCUUUGUGUUUGUUGUGUUUGUUUAACGCUCUUCCAGCACGCCGGCAAUCGACUCUCACUGCAAGCUUUCUCUAAUCUACGACCUUCAAGCUUAUUUUUAGCUCUUCCCACACAACUGCAAAAGCGCACUCAUCCACUCUGGUGAUACAAUGAAUCUGUCAAGCAAUGUGUCUGAUCUAAAAGAAGCUGCAGAGUACGUAGACAUGAGGCAGUUGCCUUUCCAGUACUUGUGUACCUCAAAUAACAGUUUAGAAUGUUGCUUCAUGGUAUUUUAAUAACUUACUUUUAGCCCAUACAGAAGAUAUCUCUCUAAUUCUCUUCGCUGGGACUAUGUUUUUUGUGGAUUCUACCCUGAGGAGAUCUUGUUAAUAGGCUCCUGACGGUGUGGGCCUCUGGUUGACCCAGUCAGACUCUAGACUGCUGAUGUUACAGAAACUCCCCAGCACAAAACCAGCGUCAGCUUUCAACAGACUGGAAUUUCAUGCUUUUUUUGUUUGUUUUGUUUUUGUCAUAAAAACAUUGCGUGAACAUAAUUUUCCAGGAGCAAAGAUGCUGUUGGUACAUCUCAUAAACUUUGUAUGUGUGUGACUAAUUUCUAUUUUAAAACAAAUGUUAGUGAAUGAAUGUAUUUAUUCAUUUUGUGCAUUAAACUAUGCAUUUUGCUUUGUUUAAACCAGUGCUUAUCUGAGUUCAGGCAUGAGUGGACGGUAUUUGAAUUUUAUUUUGAGAUGUCCCUCUAAAGCCAUGCUAAAAGUAGUCAUGUCUCAGAAUUUUGUUUGACCAGCUGUCCUGAAAGUAUUUUUCUCCAAAGUGUCACAGGAGGGCAGUGUUCACCUGCUUUUCUACUCCUCCACUCUAAGCUUGUGAAGUGUGUUGGCAUGACAAGAAAAUCUUGUACUUUAUUUCAGUAUUUUUCUCUCACUGAGUGUAAUUAGCCUGAUAUUGAAGUAAAAUGGUACCAUUAAACUUUUGACCUCCCUCAA